CAUUAGCAAUAAUGGAACAGCAACUGAUCUCAAACCCCUCAAGUUUCACCCUACCGUUUUCUAUUAAGUAAAGUUUUCUUGAGUUAAGUGUUGGUAGAUCAUUGGGUUGGUUUAUCAUUGGCAGUUGGAGUAAUAUGGAAUGACAAAUGGUUCCCCAUGGUUUCACUGUAAUUCGUUUUCCUUUAGGCAAUAUAUUGUCCAUUAGACCUCUCCAUUACUCCUAUGCUUCCUCCUUGCCAGUGUUGUGAUGG